GGUCACGGUUUCUCUUGUUAUAUAUAUGAUAGAUUGUGUAGAGAGAUAGACAAGAAGAUAAGAAGAACAUUUUGCAUAACAUAAACUUGUAUUUUGUUCCUUGGAAAGGGGUAGAGAUUCAGACCAAGAUAAGCGGUUUAAAGGGUUUUGGGGUUUUGUGUGUACUCUCUUGUAACUUCUGAACUAGUGAAUUCUGAGAGAUACAUCCCGACCAGAUGUAGCGACCUUAAUUUUUACCGUUCUGUAUAUACUAUGCUUAUGUGUUGAAGUUGCAUUCACAGAGGAUAACCAAAAGCCACUUAAGGUCGCCAACGGUCCCCUUUAAUCACAUUGAGAUCACUCUAUGUUAUGAUUUGUUUUAUUUGUAAAAAUGCGAAAGCCUGUGUGGUGAUACUUUUUUCUUUUAGGCAAGCUUAUGGUUUCUUUUUUUUUGGUCUGCCUAUACAGACAUUAAGUAAUGUCUACAUGGUUAUAUAAUAAAGAGAUUAUUAUAGUCAUGUCUAUAUGCUAAUCCUUUUUUAUUAAAAAAUGGCGAGUGGGGAUCUUUGGGUAUGUUUUUUCUUUAUCAUUAUGAAUUGUAAAUGGUCGAUGCUUUGUACUAUUGUUGGCCGUCAUUUUAUUCAUAUUCUUCGUGAAUUGCAUAGUAUGUCUAAGAUUUCUAAUUUCGAAUUUGUGUAAUCGAUUUCAAAUAUAUUAUAAGCAGAAUCAUGUUCUCAAUCAAUGCAUAUAUAAUAGACUCGGUGAUUAUCAGACUAUGUAUCAGCAUGUGAGAAUAUUCACUUUCUCUUACGUAUAAAUCGACAAAAAGAAAAAAACAAAUGAAUCGAAUCAAACUCAUGUUUUUUGCCUUAAAUCACCUGGCACAUUCCCAACCGUUCCACACGUAAUAUUCUUUUAGUCAUUCAGAAGAAAUGUGCAGUAAAUCAAAUCAAAUGGGGAAAACCUUAAACCGUAAUUUAAACCUCAUUGCUUACCGGUAUACAAGAAGGUAAACCAACCUAGAACGAAGAGCUGGCCCGGCUUUGUACAUGUGUUGAAUGCACAUUUGCACAUGACCCAUUACAAAUUUUUGAUUUUUUUCUUAAGUAGAGCUUAAUUGUGUGUAAAAAUUAUAUUUUGUUUUGAGAAGUAGGCCUCAAGUUUUCUUGAACUCAGGAUCCACUAUAUUGUUGAGACGGGACUGACAAAGAGUAUAGACCAUAAAUCACAGAAAAUAAAACCAAGAAUAUACAGUCAAGUAUAUAUGAAAGGCACCUAGUAACAUAUAUCAGAGGAGGAAAAGCCAGCAAGCGCAGCUUCACGGUGGCGACCAGUAGAAUUACCAGAGAAGCGUGGAUGCGGGAACAAGAAAAUCACGGCGAUGCCAAGAAUCAAGAAGAGAGACGGUUCUCCUUGCCUCUCGAUUUUCUAUGGAAGCAUUAAUCUUUUUCUAUUUCAAGUGUUUGGAAGUCGUUAGAAAGUCUGUUUUACGAAGAAAAAAUAAUAAAAACCAAUACAAUUUUUAUAAAUUAGUAAUAUUAAAAAUACUUUGUUUUAUUUUUUUUAUCAACGAUUUCAAGCAAUUUUUAAAAAAUAUUGUUACUCUAUGGUUGGUCACUGCUUGCACAUCGAUCCAACUUUGAUUUUAGUGAUGCAUUGAUCUAAUAGCAUGUACAAUGUAGAGUAGAUAAAUCUAAUUUUAUUUGCUUUUUUACAGUAAGAGUAAGUAGAAUGAAUAGCAUUUCUCCUUUAGCGUUUUGAACUUUGUAUUUAUAGUUGUAAUUUGUAAAUCAUAUAUAUUCUUUAAAAUACUAAACUAUUUGUAUUUAUUCUUAGAUAUUAAAAAGAAAUAUUUAUCAUGAAGUUUUCAUUUUUAUCCUUGGACAAAAAUAAUUAGAACACUAUUGCACAAACCACUCUGCAGUGUUGUUCUUGUGCGACAGAAUUCGUGCCGUUUUAAAGGCAACAAAACGAAUCAAAGGGGUUUUGAAACACAAUGCGUAUUGUAAAAUGAAAAAGGAAGGGGUGUUCCGAGAAUCGAACUCGGGACCUCUCGCACCCGAAGCGAGAAUCAUACCACUAGACCAAACACCCUUUUUGUCCUACCUGUGUAAAAAACAUUAUUAAUCAACAUGUUGGCUGUUGCUAUAAGCCCACAUAAAUCUCAGGGAGCAGAAGGAGACCCGGACAUGGCAUAGCUGCAAUGAAGACUGCAAAACCAUCGACUUUGACCUACUUGAUUCAACAACAUCUUCUCCGACAUGCCAAACCAAAGUCUCCACUUUGUCUGUUCCGCAGAUCCUUUUCACUAUUAAUCCGUAAACCCAAUCAGCAGUGUUGCUUCCCUUCAUUCUUCUCGCCGACAUCCUCUUCUUUACCUCUCCAGUCUCCUCAUAUCUCACUCUCUUCUCUCCUCGUACCUAAAUACUUGUCUUCUGCUUGCGAACCAGAACAAGAUAAAGACAACGUGUCCUUACUACCCUCUCAUAGCGUAAAAAACGAUGAAGAAGAGGAGGAUGGGUCGGACCGUACACUGGUUUCCACGAGAGAAAUUAGAAGAAGCUCUGAAGAAGUGAUUGCUGAGAGCUCACCAAUGAAGUUGUCGGCGAAGGAGAAGAAAAAGCUCGCUUCUUACGCGCACAGCCUUGGAGACAAGCUGAAAUGUCAACUCGUGGGCAAGUCAGGGGUCACGGAUUCAGUCGUCUUCUCCGUCCUAGAGACGCUGGAGAAGAACGAGCUCUUAAAGGUGAAAAUACACAGGACAUGCCCUGGAACGCUAGAGGACAUGAUUCUGCAUUUGGAGGAAGCUACUGGUUCUGUAGUAGUCGGGAAAAUUGGACGGACUGUAAUACUUUAUCGUCCUAGUCCCACCAAAUUGAGGAGUAUAUGGUGAUUUUCUAAGCUAAGGAGCUUUCACUUUCUCUGCAUAGCAGCUAGAAGCCUAGAAGUACACUGUCCCGCUAUAGAAGACGUGCAAGGGCUAAGAGAAAACCGAGCCUGAAAUAAAUUCAUGUUAUAUUUAAGAAGAGCAAAGUAUGUCUGUUAUACGGUUUGGGUUAUAUGGCUGUAGCAACCCAUUGGAAUCCCACUCAAGCCAAAUCAUCCAUUGCUCAGAAGCUUUUUAGUCAAUUGAAAACAAUGAAAAGAGGAGAGGGAGUUACAGAAAUCUAUUGUGGAAUUCAGGAGAAUGAUGUAGAUUGAGUGAGUGAGUAGUGAGUACCAUAAGUACAAGCCCAGCAAGGCAAGGGAAAAGCAUCCACUCACUGACAAGCUGGUUUAUCUGAGAUUUCUUCCAGCCUUCAUUUAUCAACAACAACAACAGUUUUAGUUUAAUCUUUUAACAAAAAAAAAACAACAGUUUUAGUUCUUGUGAAUUAGAUUUGCUGGUAAUAAGAUCUUUACAAGGAAAAACUGAGACAGAAAAA